GUCGCAUUGCAGCACUGAAGACCAGUUGAGAAGAUGGCGGAGGGCGAACUGAACGUAGACAGCCUUAUCUCGCGACUCCUGGAAGUGCGAGGAUGUCGUCCAGGAAAGAUCGUCCAGAUGACUGAGGCUGAGGUUCGAGGUCUGUGCAUUAAAUCCAGAGAGAUCUUCCUCAGUCAGCCCAUCCUGCUAGAGCUUGAGGCGCCGCUCAAAAUCUGCGGUGAUAUCCAUGGUCAGUACACUGACCUGUUGAGGCUGUUCGAGUACGGUGGUUUCCCCCCGGAGGCGAACUAUCUCUUUCUGGGCGAUUAUGUGGACCGAGGGAAGCAAUCUCUUGAGACCAUCUGCCUCCUGCUGGCUUACAAGAUCAAAUACCCCGAGAACUUCUUCCUGCUUAGGGGCAAUCAUGAGUGCGCCUCCAUCAACCGCAUCUAUGGCUUCUACGACGAGUGUAAGCGCAGGUUUAACAUAAAGCUGUGGAAGACCUUCACCGACUGCUUUAACUGCCUCCCCAUCGCUGCCAUCAUUGAUGAGAAGAUUUUCUGCUGCCACGGAGGUCUCUCUCCUGACCUGCAGUCUAUGGAGCAGAUCCGAAGGAUUAUGAGGCCCACGGAUGUUCCUGAUACAGGUUUGCUGUGUGACCUGUUGUGGUCAGACCCUGAUAAAGAUGUGCAGGGUUGGGGAGAGAACGAUCGGGGCGUAUCCUUCACGUUCGGUGCUGAUGUGGUCAGCAAAUUCCUCAACCGCCAUGAUCUGGAUCUGAUUUGCAGAGCACACCAGGUGGUGGAGGACGGCUACGAGUUCUUUGCCAAGCGGCAGUUGGUCACUCUGUUCUCAGCGCCCAAUUACUGCGGAGAGUUUGACAACGCUGGGGGGAUGAUGAGCGUCGAUGAGUCACUCAUGUGCUCCUUUCAGAUCCUGAAGCCCUCAGAGAAGAAGGCCAAGUAUCAGUAUGGAGGUGUGAACUCGGGCCGCCCAGUCACUCCUCCCCGCACCACACAGGCCCCGAAGAAGAGGUGAACGACCUGCCCGAUCUAACCUGACCGGCCCCUCCUCCCCUACCCAACCACCCACCCCAGGCCUGGAGGCGGUACUUAUUCACAAUCAGCCUCUGUCCCUCAGCCCGUGCUCUUUUCUUAAUGUCAGUGUACAUACUUUUUUGCCGUGACCAGGUGAUAAGCGCUUUCUGUGUGUCUCUGCCUGUUCAGUGGUCUUUUUAAUAAUAUUCAUAUUAAUAGGUACGUGGAUGCGAAUGGAGGAUCCCUCUCUCUCUCUCUCUCUCUCUCUCUCUCUCUCUCUCUCUCUCUCUCUCUCUCUCUCUCUGACGCAGUAUUGGCAUUACUAUUAAUGUUAUCGUGAUUUUCUGCAUAGGGUGUUUAAGGGGCUUGAAAACUUUUGUCCUUAUCAGUAUACAUGCAUUUUUUUUUUUUGUUGUUGUUUGUUUUUUAAACUCUCGUGACUUUGAAACGAGUGCACUAAGAUGUACAGCACACCAACACACACACACUACAGUAUGACCUAACAUAACCUCGUUAUAAGACCAAGCCUCGGUACAUUUUUCUCCACACAGCAAUGACUCAGAGGCUGAGCGAGAGACAGGACGAGCGAAGGAGGACAAAUGAGAUGGACAGAGAGUAUGGAUUACCUCAGCAUCACCAUGAGUGAAUAAAAAGAUUUUCCACAGACACGGUCAUCAAGCUGAUCUCAAAAUCAUUUUAGUGUGUGUUUUGCCGUGAUGCCAUAUCAGUUUACUUCUAGCUCUAAGGACAGGAACUAUUUUUUUUCUUCUUUUUUUAUAUAUAAGACUGUGUUCCUCUAAAUGAGAAUAAAAAUCAGAUGCUAAGCGCUAACUCUGCAUUUCAAAUAAAAUGAACAUAGAAUUUUGUCAUAAAACGUUUCUUCCUCACACAAUCGAAUCCUCUGUGGUGUUUUUUAACUAAAUUAGUUAGUGGAAGUCACGUGACCGAUUUUACCUAAUAGAAGAGCGUGUAUGACAUCAACAGGGACCAUAACGAUUAUAAGGCGGUUUUCAUUUUUCUCUCUCGUUUGUCUUUUUCUGUCUGUCUCGGCGUCUGUCUUGUGUUUCGCUUUUACUGUCUCUGUAAUUCUGUCCAUCUGUUCGUCACUCUGUCUUAUUCUCUCUCUUUGAUGGCACGAGAUUAGACCCUUAGCACCGUGUCUGUGGAAAAUGCUUAAGUAAUGAAUAAAGAAUUGACUCGGAACUUGUUCAGUCACGGUUUAAACAGGAUGACGAUUCAGAACCCAACUCUCACACACGCUUGUAUUUGCACAGUGCUUUUUUCCUGUUAAUAAUCCUAAUAAUAAAAGUGUUGAUGUUAAUGGGGCGGUUUAAGAAUGGCACCCUCUCUAAGUGCUGCAGUAUUGAUGUAAUGGCAAUUUAUCAUAAGAAGUUCAUUUAAGGUUUAAAAAGAGGACAGCAUUGUGUUUUUCCCUUUUUAUUCUUGUUUUUUGUUCUUUAAUAAAUUUGGAUUUAAUUCCUGUUAAAAAAAAAUGUUUUUCAUGCACUAAGAUAUGAUGUUAAGAUGGUUGUAGCGAUGGCGCCCCCUGGGAUCCACCGUGUGUUAGCACAAGAGAAGUUUUAUUUACAAAAAUAAGAAUUAUUUGAUUUUGAGGUGAUAAUUAUGAAGAGGAAAUAUAAUUUCACUGACUGAUGCCACGGUCAGUCAUGAGUGUGUGUGUAUAUAGCGAUGUAUAUUCCCAAACCAUGAAUACGUUUUUUUUUUUUUUUUUGUUUUUUUUUUUUUUUUGUUUUUUUUUUUUUUUUGUUUUUUUUUUUUUUUUUGCUUCUUGUACCUCGUUAAUGUUUUGUUUUGUUUUUUCCCCACUGAUGGUGGUGAAGAUUUUAUUUAGUUUUAAAUUUUGUGUUCUUCGUUAAUUUAUAAUUGGAUGUUGGGGAACGUAUUCCAGAAACAAAUUAAAUUUCUAAAAGUGGGUUUCACGUACACUGAGCUCAAUAAAUGGACAUUAAAACAA